AUCGUAGAAAUAGAAUUUCUGUUUACGGUGGCGACUUAUGGACAAGGCGAAAACGCUUGUCGGAUCGGACCUACGCGGAACGGAGGGUUGGAUCGGGCUCGACAUCGCGAAGCGACCCGAGACCUCGACACGCGACACCGUUUGCCCUUUCCUCGAUGCCGAGCGAACUACGAUCUGUGGCUAGCAGAUAGCUGGCUUCGCUCUAGGGACGCGACGGUGUACGAUUUCCGUGCCGUAAAGCAACACCGAGAGACGAAAUUAACCGACUGUGUUCAGACAGUCGCGAUGCGAGACACGGGAGCCCUGAGGAUGCUGGAGCUGGUAGUACCCCAGUACGUGGUCCGCGGUCAGAACAUAAGAUUAGAGUGCAACUUCAACCUGGACGGCGAGACGUUGUACUCGGUGAAAUGGUACAAGGACGGGAACGAAUUCUAUCGCUACGUACCUCAGGACAGACCACCGGUGCUCGUCUUCCAGCUGCCAGGUGUCACGGCGAACAUUCACAAUUCGACCGAGCGAUCGGUCGUCCUCUAUUCCGUCAACCUGAUGAGCUCCGGAAGAUACAGAUGCGAGGUGUCAGCGGAGGCGCCCUCCUUUCAAACGGUAUCCGAUCACUCGGACAUGAUGGUAGUGGCCCUGCCGGAAGACGGGCCCGUUAUCACGGGUCGACCAGGAAGGCAUCGUUAUCAGGUCCGUGACGUGGUGCGGUUCAAUUGCACUUCGGCCAAGUCGAAACCAGCUGCCAUGCUCAGUUGGUUCAUCAACGGAGAGCCUGUCGACACGCAAUACUUGAGAGGGCCCCACAUCACCGAGGUGGAUCGCGAGGGUCUGGAGACGGCCGUGCUCGGUCUGGAGUUCCGUCUGCACGCGAAGCAUUUCAAGAGGGGAGACCUGAAGAUCAAAUGCCUGGCGACGAUAGCGACCGUCUAUUGGAAAUCGAACGAGCUCAGCAUAGAGGGUGAAAGGCCCCACAAGAUGCCGGUAAUGGAGAGCAGGGAGACAAGGGCGCAAGGGCACACGCACGCGGAACAUAUCUUGGGAGGAAGCGGAAGCAGCGCGCUGCUGCCCUGCAUCUUGCCACUGGUCACGUGUUUAUUGAUCCUUCGAUAAGGGGAAGAGAGGAUACACGCGCCUUUCGUGCUCAUCCGUUUCCAGGCCUGCUAACCCGGAGACUCCCGUCUACGCUAAAUUAUUAUCCGUGUUGUUUCUAUUUUUUAUAAUCGCAGUUAGCGCAGUUAGCGAGGACAUAGACGAAAAAAUAUAUUAAACGAAGAUAGACGUUUUUGAGAGAGGUGGCUUCGAGCUGGGAGAGGGGACAGAGGCAAACAAACUACUUACUGGAUCAGUCCAUUAAUCUGUGCGCGUGUGUACCCGUGAAAUCGUCGCUCUUUACGUAACACAGAUUCGAUGAACCGAUCCAAUAAAGGACCACUGAUCCCGAUUAUAUUAUCAAACUUUUUAUUCGGUCGUUCGCGCGAUUCGACGAGCAAACUUUUCAGAAAAAGAUACGAUAUCCGUGCGUCGGCAAAAGUAUCCGCCGU